GCGGCGCCUGCUCAGAUCACUGCAGUUCCCCGACUGCGACUCCGAGUGCCGCUGUUGGCCAAUACGGAGCGGCGCUGCAGACUGCGAUACAUCCAUUGGAGCCUCCUGCAGUGCGCUUGCUCAGACAGCGCAGCGCAGGAAGCAAGCAAAGCAGAGAGACCUUCGGGGUCCGCCCAGAAGAGGAAAGCACAGCAAGGCGCUCGGGACAGAGACUGAGCAGGGAACCUGGACCUAGUGCUCUCGCCUGUGCCGUGCUUCCUGUCUCUUGGCUGGGAUUUCUAACAGCUUAACACGAUCGACACGGAGAAAAGAAAGAAGCAGGACAGCGUUCUCCGGGAGACGGGAAUGGAAGCCGGACACAGCCAGAGCGGCCGGGAGGCCGGGAGGCAAGUACUGUCCUUUCCCUUCUUGCUGGCUCUGCUCUGCGGGGCGGUCUCGGCGCAGAUUCGCUAUUCGGUCCCCGAGGAAAUGCCCAAAGGCUCCCUCGUGGGCAAUCUCGCCAAGGAUUUGGGACUGAGUGUGGGAGAACUGCCCGAUCGCAGGCUCCGUGUCAUCUCGGAGAAGCAGUAUUUCACGGUGAAGGGCGAAAACGGGAACCUGUACGUGAGUGACCGGAUAGACCGGGAGGACAUCUGCGGCAAGGCCCCGCUCUGCGCUCUCGCUUUCGAAGCCGUGGUGGAAAAUCCACUGAACGUUUUCCACAUCAACGUCGACAUCCAGGACAUCAAUGACAACGCGCCGCGCUUCCUACGAGAUAACAACACACUGGAGAUCAAUGAAUUCACGCUGCCAGGAGCCCGCUUUCUCCUCGGAAAUGCCCAGGACCCGGACGUGGGCUCCAACUCCCUGCAGAGUUACCAGCUCAGCUCCAACGCCAACUUCGUGCUGGAGGUCAGGGAGAGCCAGGACGGCAACAAGUACGCGGCGCUGGUGCUGCAGAAGCCUCUGGAUCGGGAAAGGCAGCCCGGGCUGCACUUGGUCCUCACGGCAGUGGACGGGGGGCAGCCCGCCAGAACCGGCACGGCUCGCGUCUGGGUCAACGUCACCGACGCCAACGACAACGCGCCCGUCUUCACCCGGGACGUCUACAAGGGGCGCGUGCGGGAGGGCGCCCCCGCGGGCUCCCUCGUGCUCCAGCUGAACGCCUCGGACAGCGACGAGGGCGCCAAUGCGCAUGUCACCUACGGGUUCAGCAACACACUGGAAACCGCGGGCCAGAAAUUCAGCCUGGAGGCGGAAACGGGGAGGAUCACGGUGAGGGAGCCGCUGGACUUCGAGGAGACAGCAGCCUACACUUUGGCAGUGGAAGCAAAGGACGGCGGCGGCCUGGUGACCCACUGCAAAGUGGAGAUCGAGGUUGUGGACGAGAACGACAACGCUCCCGAGGUGACCUUCAGCUCCGUGUCCAGCCCCGUCCCCGAGGACUCCCAGCCUGGCACCGUGAUCGCGCUGAUCAAAGCACGAGACCGAGAC